AUGGACCCUCAGUACGCUACCGUUGACCAGUUGGCUGAGAUUACCGAUACCAUGGCGUCACUUAGGGACGCUAUCUUAGGACUGGGUCAGAGGAUUGAUGGGCACCAGGCCCAGCCAUUGCCGAUUCCAGGGAGCACCCUGCAUGACUCUACCACACCACCACCACUACCACCACCAUCUGGGCCAUCUGGACCUACUAUACAGCAGGACUACAUAGUUCCACCACCACCACCACCACCGGUUCAGUCAGCUCCCCAGGCUGGAGCAUUUGUGUUGCAUGGUCAGACUGAGACUACGCCACAUUCUGUUGUGGCACCGGCACAGAUUGUUGAUGAUACCCAGGCUCGUAUUGAUAAGAUUGAGCAGAGGAUGAGAUCACUACAUGUUUCUGAUAGGAUUAUGGGUUGGGAUGGAUAUGAUGAUAUGCCAGUAGCAGCUUUGCCUGUUGAGUUCCGCAUGCCGGACAUUGAGAGAUACACGGGGAUAGGGUGCCCCCGUAUUCACUUGCAGUUAUAUAGCACUGUUAUGCGCGGGCAUAGACUGGAUGAGGCCCAAAUGAUUAUGUUAUUCCCUCUGUCAUUGAGUGGUGCUGCUCAGCGUUGGUUUGCCUCAUUGGACCCUUCGAGACGUAGGACAUGGGCUAAUUUGGGACAGGAGUUUAUUAGACAGUAUUCUUUCAAUACUAUAGUGGAUGUAUCCCGGAGGGAAUUAGAGGCCCUUAGGCAGGGGUCGGAUGAGACAGUCACUUCAUUCAUCUCCCGUUGGAGGGAGAAGAUAGCACAGAUUAUUGAUAGACCUUCAGAGCGCGAUCAAAUCAUGCAGGCCCUCUAUGGCAUUGAGGAGGGCAUAUCUAGAGGUUUAUGGGCAGAUUCUUCCCCUUCAGACUCAAAGGGGAAGAAGUCGGGAUCAGGCCCCAAGCCCUCAGAUGUUGGUACUAUUGGCAUGACAGGACACCGGUCUUCACGUCGUCCUCCGUUUCAGAGUCAGUUUUUAGGCACUCCUUAUCAGAUGAUACAGCAUGAUCAGUACAGACCAGUUGCUCCCAUCAGGCCAGUAGGGCCUACUUAUCUACAUCCGCCACCACAGCCGGUAUAUGCUACACAGGCACCCCAGAGGCCGCCUAUGCAGUUCCAUCAUCAGUAUAGAGCACCGCCUCCACCGAGGCCAAGAGCAGGCCAUGAUACAAACAGUUGUUCAGCACUGAGACAUGCCAUUCAGGAUUUGAUUGAUCAGGGCUUGGUUGAUUUGGGGCGUCCGGGUGUAGCCACUGACCCGCUACCUACACAUGACACUAGAGCAGUACCUCCACCCCCGGGAGGGGUACAUUUGAUUGAGUUUGCAGGGGAUGAGAUAUUUAUGAUGGGUUGGGAUGGAGAGGCUCCUCAGCCGAUCAGUUUAUAUGAGGAGUCAGAUUUUGUUGGAUAUAUACCUAGACAGCAGAUCCCCAGGCCAUUCAGUUUGACCCCGGACAGGAUUUAUGGGCCGCCUCCAGUAUCACCAGUAUACUUACAGCAUGUGCCACCUAUGACACCCUUCAUUCUGUUCCCAGAGGAAUAUAGGCCCCCUCAUAGAGAUGUUCAGAUAGUUACACGGAGUGGAAGGGUGGCACAACCUCCACCCGUUGACAGGCCAUUUGCUGGUAUAGCUGCUAGAGAGGAGGUUCAGAUAGAGGAUGAUGAGAUAUUACGACAGCUGUGCACUACUCAGGCUCGCAUAUCCAUUUGGAGCCUUUUGGCCUCAUCUAGUACACACAGAGAUGCAUUAGUCAGAGCCCUUGGCCAGAUUAGGGUUGACACUGCUACUACCUCAGAGGGGCUUAUUCACAUGUUGACAGCUGAUAGAGCUACAUGUAUAGUGUUUUCUGAUGAUGACUUGCCACCAGAGGGAUCAAAUCAUGUUCGACCCUUAUUCAUUGAUGUUGCUUGUUUAGGCCGUCGUGUGCCGUCUGUUCUAUUGGACAACGGCUCUGCCCUGAACGUCUGUCCAUUGGUUACUGCCAUUGCGCUUGGGUUUUCACCAGAUGAUUUUGGGCCUUCUACACAGACUGUUAGAGCUUAUGAUGGGACUCAGAGGACAGUUAUGGGUACACUCAGUACACAUGUCAUGGUUGGGCCAGUUAGUUACUCCAUAGUAUUUCAGGUUUUAAGGAUUCAGUCAUCCUUUAACCUGCUUCUUGGCCGCCCGUGGAUUCAUGAGGCCGGUGCUAUACCAUCUUCCCUUCAUCAGAAGGUGAAGUUCAUACACGAGGGGCGCAUUAUCACGAUACAAUCUAAUAGAGAUAUUAUCACUUCGUCUGAGCCAGUAUUACAUAUCAGUCACAGUGAGGAUGACUUACAUUUAACCGGGUUUACGUUCGAUGAGGUCCAGGUUGUCAGCUUAGAGGAUGGCAACAGAGAUAUGGUACCUAUGUCAUUUGACCAACACAACAACACUUUGGUGCUCAGCAUGAUGAGAGGCAUGUCUUAUUUGCCUGGUAUGGGAUUGGGUCGCCGCCAGCAGGGGCCCCACGAGUUUACUUUCACAGUUGAUCACGACAUACCCUACGGAUUAGGUUACAUACCCACAGAGGCUGAUGCGCGUUAUAUGUCACAGCUGCGCAGGGAUAGGGUGAGGGCUCGCAUGUCUGGCAUUCCAUUUGAUUAUCCCCUCCGCCCAUACACCUUCCAAUUGGCCGACAACUUCAUUAGGGGUUCAGAGCAUACACCUCGCAUAGAGGGGACUGUUCACAUUCCAGAGACAGUUGGGAUUCAGGACAUCCAGCAGGCCUUGGGUCAGAUUCAUUUGGACACCGAGACUACUGAGGCACCUGGUGCCAUGAUAGUCACGCCCUCAUAA